GGAGCGGGCGGACCCUGCGCGGCGGGCGGGCGGCGGCGCGGGCGUCGGGUUAACAACAUUUCAGAAACGCUCCAACUGUUCUUGGCAGGCCCCACACAUUGAAUAAAAUGUACCUGCACUGUCUUUACAAUCUUCGAGGUAGCUUGUAGCAAACCCUGAUGGCAGUAACACCUGAGAAGGAGGGUUAAGGGCUGGACACUGGAGGAAGCGUCCCAGUCAGUCCUCACGUAGAGAAGUCCCAAGCAGACCCUUCCUCAGCACCUGCUGUCCUUGAGACCUGGAGGAGCGCGUCCUGCCAGAAAGGCCCCUGUCACCCAACAUGCAUGUUCUGAAACUGAGAGAGAGAGACAAGAGCCGACUGAAGAGGUCUCGCUGGUGAAGGAUGUGCAGUGAGUGAGCUGCCAGCUCUUCCCCAGGAGGCUCCCCGCGGGAUGCUGAGUGCUCCCGGAGCCCCUGGCCUCCAACCUGAGGAGGAGCCUCUCCCUGCCCAGGACUGAGCUGGACCGGCCCCGGGGAGGGGCGUCCAGAGACGGCAGGGGGGCCCAUGUCUGCCAGCAGCUCCCCGCAGGCCGCCCCAAGGUCUGCACCCCCAGCCAGGCCCUCGCCCGCCGCCAGCCCCCACGCCGGGCUGUCAGGCCGCCUGUCCAAUGGCAGCCUGGGUGCCCCGUCCCUCAGCGCCUCGCGGGGCUCCGUGCACACGGUGUCCUUCCUGCUGCAGAUUGGCCUCACGCGCGAGAGUGUCACCCUCGACGCCCACGAGCUCUCGCUGGCCGCUGUCAAGGACCUCGUGUGUUCCAUUGUCUACCAGAAGCUUCCCGAGUGCGGCUUCUUCGGCAUGUAUGACAAGAUCCUCCUCUUCCGCCACGACAUGGCCUCAGAAAACAUCCUGCAGCUGCUCACCUCAGCUGACGAGAUCCGGGAAGGCGACCUGGUGGAGGUGGUGCUUUCAGCGCUGGCCACCGUGGAGGACUUCCAGAUCCGUCCACACACGCUGCAUGUCCACUCCUACAAGGCACCCACCUUCUGUGACUACUGCGGAGAGAUGCUGUGGGGGCUGGUGCGCCAGGGCCUCAAAUGCGAAGGCUGCGGGCUCAAUUACCACAAGCGCUGCGCCUUCAAGAUCCCCAACAACUGCAGUGGCGUGAGGAAGCGGCGGCUGUCCAACGUGUCCCUGCCCGGCCCUGGCCUCUCUGUCCCAAGGCUCCCGCAAGUGGAGGGCAUAGCCCUGCCCACGGAAGAGUCACACGCCCAGCCCGAGCCAAGUAAGAGAAUCCCAUCGUGGAGCGGUCGACCCAUCUGGAUGGAGAAGAUGGUGAUGUGCAGGGUCAAGGUCCCCCACACCUUCGCCGUUCACUCAUACGGCCGUCCCACCAUCUGCCAGUACUGCAAGCGGCUGCUGAAGGGCCUCUUCCGCCAGGGCAUGCAGUGCAAAGAUUGUAAAUUCAACUGCCAUAAACGCUGUGCAUCAAAAGUCCCAAGAGACUGUCUAGGCGAGGUGACUUUCAAUGGAGAACCUUUCAGCAUGGGGGCAGACACAGACAGCCCCAUGGACAUUGACAGCAGUGACAUGAACAGUGAGGGCAGCCGGGGCCUGGACGACGCGGAGGAGCCCUCCCCCCCAGAGGAGAAGAUGUUCUUCCUAGACCCCUCAGACCUCGAUGCAGAGAAGGAUGAGGAGGCUGUGAAAACCAUCAGCCCGUCCACGAGCAACAACAUCCCGCUGAUGCGGGUGGUACAGUCGGUCAGACACACGAAGCGCAGAAGCAGCACACUGGUGAAGGAGGGCUGGAUGGUGCACUACAGCAGCCGAGAUACACUGAGAAAAAGGCACUACUGGAGGCUGGACAGCAAGUGCCUGACGCUGUUUCAGAAUGAAUCCGGGUCCAAGUAUUAUAAGGAAAUUCCGCUCUCCGAGAUCCUCCGCAUCUCUGCGCCACAAGACCUCAGCAGCACGCCUCUGGGCAGCAGCCCGCACUGCUUUGAAAUCAUCACGGACACCACCAUCUACUUUGCUGGCGAGGACAACGGGGCUGGCACCCGUGACCCCAUCCUGGCUGCCACAGGCAUCGGGCUGGAUGUGGCCCUGAGCUGGGAGAAGGCCAUCCGCCAGGCCCUCAUGCCUGUCACACCGCAGGCCAGCGUGGGCCCCUCCCUGGGGCAGGGCAAGGACCACAAAGAUUUGUCCACCAGCAUCUCUGUAUCUAACUGUCAGAUCCAGGAAAACGUGGACAUCAGCACCGUUUACCAGAUCUUUGCAGAUGAGGUGCUGGGCUCAGGCCAGUUCGGUAUCGUGUAUGGAGGGAAGCACCGCAAGAGUGGGAGGGACGUGGCCAUCAAGGUCAUCGAUAAGAUGAGGUUCCCCACCAAGCAGGAAAGCCAGCUGCGCAACGAAGUGGCCAUCUUACAGAACUUACACCAUCCUGGGAUUGUGAACCUGGAAUGCAUGUUUGAGACCCCGGAGCGGGUGUUUGUGGUCAUGGAGAAGCUCCACGGGGACAUGCUGGAGAUGAUCCUGUCCAGUGAGAAGAGCCGGCUCCCGGAGCGGAUCACCAAGUUCAUGGUCACGCAGAUACUUGUUGCUUUGAGGAACCUGCAUUUCAAGAACAUCGUGCACUGUGACUUAAAGCCAGAAAACGUGCUCCUGGCGUCAGCGGAGCCAUUCCCUCAGGUGAAGCUGUGUGACUUCGGCUUUGCACGCAUCAUCGGGGAGAAGUCCUUCAGGAGGUCGGUGGUGGGAACACCUGCUUACCUGGCGCCCGAAGUCCUCAGGAGCAAGGGCUACAACCGCUCGCUGGACAUGUGGUCAGUUGGCGUGAUCGUCUACGUCAGCCUCAGCGGGACCUUCCCCUUCAACGAGGACGAGGACAUCAACGACCAGAUCCAGAACGCGGCCUUCAUGUACCCGCCCAACCCCUGGAGGGAGAUCUCAGACGAAGCGAUUGAUUUGAUCAACAACCUGCUGCAGGUGAAGAUGAGAAAGCGUUUCAGUGUGGACAAGUCUCUUAGUCACCCCUGGCUGCAGGAUUACCAGACGUGGCUGGACCUGCGAGAGUUCGAGACCCGCAUUGGGGAGCGCUACAUCACCCAUGAGAGUGACGACGCACGCUGGGAGGUGCAUGCCUACACACACAACCUGGUGUACCCCAAGCACUUCAUCAUGGCCCCCAACCCUGAUGACAUGGAGGAGGACCCCUAGCUCUCAGGGAGCCCGUUCACCACAGGAGUGCCCCGGCUUCCGGCUGGAGUCUUGCCAUCACUCUCUGGAGCCCAAGUCUGCAGAGAUGCCAGGACUCAAGGGGCAGGAUAAGGACCUGCCCCCCAGUACUGCAGUUCAGUUGGUCCAGGAGGUGAAAUGAGUGACAGAACCGCAUUGUGGAGCCAAGGAGUGUUUCACAGUCUCCUAGUGUUUGCAAUAACUGGGUUUUGUACUUUUCCUGGUUCCACAGCAGCACUUAAUUUAUCUCCCCUUCCUGUUCUGACAAGAGGUCAAGGAAGGAUCCAGUUAUGGCAGAGCAGACUACAUCCUGCCAGGGCUGUGAGACUGACCACCUCCUAAGCCGCUCUGCAUCGAGGAGACCCUGCCCUGAGGCUGCCACCUGCGGUUCAUGUUUAUUUCACUGGUUACAUCUGGGGGCAGGGGUUCCCCUAGAUGAGGGCUAGGUUGUUCUGAUUUCCCUUGUUAGGUCAAUCAAGGCUUCAAACCCUAUGGAACUGAAAUUCUGAAUAUGCUCUCUACAACAUAAAAAUCAGAGGUAACUGGGGACACCUGACACUACAGAAGCAGGAGUUGGGUCUUCGCUCUGCUCUGCUCCCUCGAGCUCCCAGUCCCAAGACUCCACUUCCACUGUUGAGUAGAUCUAAUCUUGCAUUAGUUAGAGCUAAAUCAUUGGAGGGGGGAGAUUUACAUACAAACAUAUUCCACAGGGAGCAAGAGAGAGCUGUGUCCUGUUUCUGCCCCCAGCUACUGAAGGGCUUGACAGAUGCCUGGGAUACUUCAGAAUCAGUUACUUGAAGCAGUUUGUAAGGGGGGUUUGUAAGGGCAGAGCCGUAUUAUCAGCAGAGCAAAAGCAAAAAUGAAGGAAGUUGUUACUGUUUUAGAUAUUUCAGCUCUAGCAUCCAGUUAAGGAAUUUUUUUUUUUUAACUCAUAUACUCAAGUUUGAAAAGUUAGACAUCUUCAUAGCUUUUUAGAAAGUUCCUGAUAGGUUUUCCAAAGUAAAGCAAUAAAGAACUUAAGAUCUGGGACCAUCCACUUAUUUAAAAAGAAAAAAAAAAUCUACUGUUUCUUCAUAAGAGAAAGUCUAGGUUUAAGUCAUGGCUUCAUUACACGCAAGUUGGUCUACAUAGCUGAAAAAUUUUGAGUUCCUUGAUCUACUUAGAAAAUGAAGAUCAAAAUUCAAAAAUUAACUGGAAUACUUUGCAUACUUACAUGAUCUAACUUUAUAAGCCAGGAAAGUAAAUGCACUCUUUUUUCUACUGCCUAAGAAGUUUUCUAGAGAACAUUUUGUAAAGGCACUGUCAGAUGAUUUAAGUUGCAUCUGACUCCAGAUGCCAUAUAACCUGUAUAACCAUUUUUUUUUUCUUUAAGUCCUUUUUGUAUAAGAAAUAACCAUUUGGUAAAAACAUUUAAUAAUGUACAGAGUAGUCUAUAAUGACACUGUUUAGUACAUUUUUUAUAUUUUUUGUUACAUCCCACUUUUUGUAAAUAUUCUCAAGAAAGUUUGGUAAUAAAAUCUAUUUCCAUAUCAUCACACUUUCUCACAUGAGAACCUGAGCCCAUGUCCAGCAGACAUAUCCAAAGAAAACAGUAUUUGCUUGUUAUUUUUCCAGGUGAUGACAAGAGAACUAUUUUGGAAAUAGUAUUUGUAAAUGAAAAUAAUGUUAUAUUUAAAAACACUGACUUUUUAACUGACUAAAAUAAAAACACUUCAUUAUUACAGUUUCAUAUGAA